CUCCGGAACAGGAAGAAAGCCGGCAGAAAGUAUCCAGCUGCAACCGUGAUGUGACGUGACACGGAGAUAAAUGGUCUCUUUUAAACAGUUAAUUGUUUACAGUUUAAAGAAGGCAGCAAUAUAAAGUCGAGGGUGAAAACCGCAAUGUUUGUUUAUGUGAAUGAAGGCGGUCACUCCUCCGUUACCAAGCAACAGGAGAAGAUUAAAAAUUGAGAGUAAUGGAGUACAUGUAUUUUCUACGAAGGCGGAGAUACAAGGAGCGUGUAUAUCGUCGCUGGAGCUCCUUUCUUGGCUUGACUGAGGAGGAAUGCCAGGAAAAGUUGCACCUCUCCAGUGGCAUGGUUUUAGAGAUAUGCCGCCUAGUUGCAGAUGAUGUGGCCAAUCCGUCAGGCCCCAGUGCUCUCCCUGUGGCCGUGAAAGUCACAGCAGCUCUUGCCUUCUUUGCUAAUGGUUCCUUCCAGAACACCUUGGGCUUGGUGACAGGUGUAAGCCAGUCAGCUAUCAGUUGUGCUAUACAUGUCGUUUCUUCCAGUCUAGUCCGUCAUGCUGCAUAUUAUAUAGUCUUCCCUGCCGCAUCUGAGAGCCAGCUCAGAACUAAGCAAGAUUUCAUGUCUAAAUAUGGAUUACCUGGGGUUUUAGGUUCAAUAGACUGCACACACGUGCAGCUGCGUGCACCCUCUACCGAACCUCUUAGUUAUGUGAAUCGAUUGGGAGUGUACUCCAUUAACAUCCAGGUCGUGUGUGAUGCAAACUGCUUGGUGACACAUGUUUAUGCCAAUUAUCCAGGAUCUUCACAUGACUCAUUUAUCCUGGCCAAUUCUGUUAUUCCUACAGUGUUUCAGAGGGGCAGCCUGGAUGGGUGGUUGAUAGGUGAUGAUGGCUAUCCUUUGAAGCCGUGGCUGCUUACACCAUACAUUACACCAACAACCAGAAAGCAGCAUGUUUUCAACAGUGUUUUGAAUAGGGCCAGGUCAGUGAUUGAGCGAACUUUUGGAAUGUUAAAAAUGCGUUUCAAGUGUUUGGACCGUUCAGGUGGUACAUUACAGUACAGCCCCAAGAAUGUCAGUGCGUUCUUUGUGGCAUGCUGUGUACUUCACAACAUUGCCACACACCAUGGAUGUCAUUUUGACCUUACUGAGGAGGCAUUACAGGACUUAAGAAAGAGAGAAGCAGAGCUUCAUGAACCAUAUGAGGAGACUGGAGAGCAGCUAACUGAAGCAUGGGAGGGACGGGACAAGCUAGCUGCACAGCUGGUUCUACAAGUAAAUGAGGCACCACAGGAGGAUUAAACUGACUACAAAUUCUAACCAUUAAGUAAGUAUUAAUGUAAUGCCUUCACAUAUCAUGGGUUACUUGCACUCAGGUCUAUGACGUAUUUCCAUUUUGAAAUAGUGCAAAUCUCGUGACUCCGGUAGCACUAUUUAUAUUCAGCAGUAUAGCGAAAUGUCUAACACUUAGGGUUUUUAUUCAGGCUUAAAAUAAAGUGUUGAGCUAAUGUUAGCUCGGAUGUUUGUUUUUAUUAAUAGGUAUUUUCUUACCUUCAUAGUAGUUUAUAUAAGGUGUAAGGUGCAGCAUAUUAUUGCUGGCUCUCCAGAUGUGGAACCUGCAUGGCUACGAGGGAGACUAACAUUUGUUAGCAUUAGUCAGUCUCCACAGGAUCCCUCAUUAAACAUCAGCAGCAUGUCUAAAGGCCCCCAGCGCACUCAGCAACAAGGCUGUGUGCUGACUUUUCUCUUGCCUACCUCUCUGUUGAGCAUGACCCUUUACUCAGCCCAUCUCCUCCCUGACUGCUUCAGGAUCAGGACUUUGCACACCACCAGCUUAUGAAGCUUACACCAUUGUGAUGAAAAUAAUGUUUUGUGCUCAAUAAUUGACUAUUACUGCACAGUGUUGCCACAGUUAAGCUUUUAAAUGUUUUAAAGGAUAAUUUGGUGGAACAAUAAUAACAGUAGUUCACAAAACAUUUUUAUGUAUGUGAAGUUUAUCUUGCAAACAUUGUGGGGAUUAAAAACAGUAUAGAUUUAUCAGAUUGCUGAUAUUCAUGUGCAUUUUGACAUUUACUGGAGUGUGGUUAAUAGAUAAGCAUGUUGGCUUAAAUGUCCAUUUCCAGAAUGCUGCUGGAUCAUACUAUUACCAUUUUAGAGUAAUUUUAAGAUCUGAAUUUUAUUUAUUGUAAGCUCACAUGCCAAAUAUAACAUUAAAACAGGUAUUUAAUUUUCAA